UAAUGCCGACCUCAUAGAUGUAUGGAGCAUGAAGAAGUUCUCACGUGAGUGCCUUCACAGGCGUGACCUUCACAGGAGUGAUUUUAUAUUAUAAGGGCUCUUGAAAAGUUCUACAUUCAGCCCUCGGAAAGCAACUAUGAAAAGAAAACUGUAAGUAGGUGUUUCCAAGUGGCAAGGAUUGGAAAGCAGAACAUAGUGGAUUUCAGCUGACGUGAUAUAUGUGGCCCACACCUCAUAUUCCCAUGCAGGAACUUCUAGCCCCAAAGGCAACUGUCAGUGACUGGGACCAGAGAGAAUGGCCAAAUGGGAUCUGGCCAUCGGCCUGAUCUUCUUAACACAGACUACCGUUGGAAUCCUGGGCAAUUUCUCACUUCUUUGUCAUUAUAUCAUCCUUUCCUUCACUGAGUACAGGUGGAGGUCCACAGAUUUCAUUCAUAAGCACCUGAUUGUAGCCAACUUCUUAGCCCUACUCUGCAAAGGAGUCCCCCAGACCGUGGCAGCAUUUGGGCGGAAACAUUUCCUCAGUGACAUUGGAUGCAAACUUCUUUCCCUUCUUCACAGAGUGGGGAGGGGAGUGUCCAUUGGUAGCAUCUGCAUCUUGAGCGUCUACCAGGCCAUCACCAUCAGCCCUGGGAACUCCAGGUGGGCAGAGCUUAAAGUUAAAGCGCCCAAAUACCUUUCCCCCUCUAUUUUCCUGUGUUGGGUCCUGCAAAUGCUGGUGAAUAUCAUUUUCCCUAUAUACUUAAUGAGAACAUUGAGUGAUAAGAACAUCACAAACAGAAAGGAUUUUGGAUACUGUUCUUCGGUUCGUCAUGACAAAACUAGUGACUCACUGUAUGGACUGUUGUUAUCAUUCCCCGAUGUGUUAUGUCUGGGGCUCAUGCUCUGGGCCAGCAGCUCCAUGGUUUUCCUUCUGUACAGGCACAAGAAGCGAGUCCAACAUAUUCGAAGAACCAAUGCUUCUUCUGCAUCCUCCCCGGAGUCCAGAGCCACCAAAACCAUCCUUCUCCUGGUGAGCACCUUUGUCUAUUUUUACACCCUCUCCUCCAUUUUUCAAGUUGUUUUGACUGCUUUUGAUAAUCCCAGCUCGAUCCUCAUAAAUGUCACUGCAGUCAUGUCUGUGUGUUUCCCAUCUGUCAGUCCAUUUCUGCUCAUGAGCCACAACUCCAAGGUACCCAAGGUACCCAGGCUCUGGUUUGCCUGGAGCAGGAAUAUAAGAUCUCCUUGUCUUCAGAAAAACAUGUAGACUGUAUGUACUUCUACAACAUACAGUUGCCAAUUCACUCACCCCCCUCACAGUCCUAAAAAAUUUUUAUGAGUUUUUCUCUCUCUCACAAGAGAGGUGCAGCCUGCAGCAGACGGGGGUUUCUGGGGGUCUGAUGGUAUCUGUGCAUUGAUGUCUGUGCUGCGUACAGAAAUGUGAUCGGUGUGCGUCGUGUCGUUGACCUGUGUACUGUAUUACUAUAUCUGUAAAAUUUUAAAAUACACAUCACCAAUAAAAUCAUGAGCUAUUGUGAGAUUUAUGC